ACAAAAUCUUGUAAUUUUUUAAUAUAAAUAAAGCUAAACCUUUACGAAGAAGAAAGACUCUGGUGAUUGAUUCUCCAAAGUCUAAACCUAGUAAAAGCCAAGUCUCAUUCCUCGGGUGAACUCAACAACCGACGAUGGCAGAACUAAGGUUAUCAGAAACUCGAGACUUAACUAGGAUCGAAAGAAUCGGAGCACACUCACACAUACGAGGUUUAGGUCUCGACUCAGUACUCGAGCCACGAGCCGUAUCCGAAGGAAUGGUUGGUCAAAUCAAAGCACGUAAAGCCGCCGGAGUAACCCUCGAGUUGAUCAGAGACGGCAAAAUCUCGGGUCGGGCUAUACUUAUAGCGGGUCAACCCGGAACGGGUAAAAUCGCAAUAGCAAUGGGUAUAGCAAAAUCACUUGGACAAGAAACACCAUUCACUAUGAUUGCAGGAAGUGAGAUCUUUUCUUUAGAGAUGUCAAAGACUGAAGCUUUAACUCAAGCUUUUCGUAAAGCUAUUGGUGUUAGGAUCAAAGAAGAGACUGACGUGAUAGAAGGAGAAGUUGUGACGAUUUCGAUUGAUAGACCUGCUUCUUCUGGUGGUUCUGUGAAGAAGACUGGGAAGAUAACAAUGAAGACGACUGAUAUGGAAUCUAAUUUUGAUUUGGGAUGGAAAUUGAUUGAGCCAUUGGAUAAGGAGAAAGUACAGAGUGGUGAUGUUAUUGUUUUGGAUAGGUUUUGUGGGAAGAUUACUAAGCUUGGAAGAUCUUUUACGAGGUCUAGAGAUUUUGAUGUUAUGGGUUCAAAGACUAAGUUUGUGCAGUGCCCUGAAGGUGAGCUUGAGAAGAGGAAGGAGGUUUUGCAUUCUGUCACACUUCAUGAGAUUGAUGUUAUUAAUAGCAGGACUCAAGGGUAUCUAGCCCUCUUCACAGGUGAUACAGGCGAGAUUCGUUCAGAAACCCGAGAGCAAAGCGAUACUAAAGUGGCAGAGUGGAGAGAAGAAGGGAAAGCUGAAAUAGUACCUGGUGUUCUCUUCAUUGAUGAAGUCCAUAUGCUUGAUAUCGAAUGCUUCUCUUUCCUGAAUAGAGCUCUCGAAAACGAUAUGUCACCAAUCCUGGUCGUGGCUACAAACAGAGGAAUGACAACAAUCCGAGGAACAAACCAGAUAUCAGCACAUGGGAUCCCAAUCGAUUUUCUUGACCGUCUUCUUAUUAUCACAACACAGCCUUACACACAAGACGAGAUCAGAAAUAUUUUAGAGAUCCGUUGCCAAGAAGAGGAUGUGGAGAUGAACGAGGAAGCGAAACAGCUUCUGACUUUGAUCGGAUGUAAUACCUCGCUUAGGUACGCGAUUCAUCUAAUCAAUGCAGCUGCCCUAGCUUGCCUGAAACGUAAAGGGAAAGUCGUAGAGAUUCAGGACAUUGAGAGAGUUUAUAGAUUGUUUUUAGACACCAAGAGAUCGAUGCAGUACUUGGUUGAGCAUGAGAGCGAGUACUUGUUUAGCGUGCCUAUAAAAAACACACAGGAGGCUACUGCAGGAGAAGAAACAGAACACGAGGCCAUGGAAGUUUGAGAAUUUUGUUUUAUUGCUUUUUCAAGAACUUAUUUUUUCA